AUGCGCCAUCACGGUUGCGCCGCCACCAACGCCGUCUCGCUGCGAGCACCACCACGAGGCCAAGAAGACCGGAGAGGAGAUCCAAGCGACGGGAGCAGCAUCACCGAGGCCGAGCGGGAGAGAACCACCUCCACCGCCGUCGUGCGGGAGGCUCGCGCCUCUGGCACCGUCGCGGUAGCCGUCCGGACACCGCAGCGGGGCAUACCAGGCCACCCCUGGCCCGGCCAGGCCCGAAAUGGGCCCGCUAAGCCCCGCCGGCCACGCUGCAGCAGGCUGGCGUCGACGCCACCAGCCCCCGCCGAUCAUCGCCGCUCACCACCGCCUCCUGAUGGCCACGCCAACGCCACGCCUGUCGCCGGCCCGCCCAGGCCCAGAUGGGGCCUGAAGGGCCCAAAUCUGGGCCGGGCGGGCGCCGCCAGCCCGCGCAGCCCCGCGCCGCCAGCAGCGCCGCCGCCGCCCAGAACUCGCCCCCGCCGCUGCACAGGACCGCCGCCGCCUGAAGACACCGUCCGGAGCGCUCCGUCCCGCGCCGGAGAAACCCUAGACGGGUAA